AUGGAGAGCAAUAAGAAGAAAGGCUACGGGUGGGCAAUUUCUGCUGGAGUCAACGCUGCUUUGGCUGCCAUUUCCGCCAAAUUCUUCUCGUCCCAGCUUAAGUAUGGCCUUGUAAUAUUUUUCAAUGUUAUAAUGUGGGGAUGCUAUGUUAAUAGCAUGAAGGCUCUUUCAUCUUUACAAGCUACAGUGACAAACUUUGCCACCAACUUCCUCUGUUCUGGACUUGCUGGAUUCUUCCUAUUUGAGGAGGCACUACCCGCUAAGUGGUUUGCAGAAUUUUGUACGAGACGGAUGAAGAUCAUUUCCGGGAAGGUAUUUUGCCGAGGGAUAAUGAGAUGUUCUGACCUUUCUUUUAGAUAUUAUGUUUCAUUUCAUCCCACUUUUGGUUCGCAGCCAGGGUUUCUGUGGUCUGGGAUGGAUGAUAGUGGACAUCGCGAAAAUGGAAGGAAUAAACCACCUCAGGGUCAGUGGUUUAUGCAGCAUCAACCAUCGAUGAAACAGAUAAUGGGCAUUAUGGCUGAAAGGGAUGCUGCAAUCCAAGAAAGAAAUUUGGCCCUUUCUGAAAAAAAGGCUGCUCUAGCCGAGCGAGAUGUAGCUAUCCUACAGCGAGAUUCUGCAAUAGUGGAACGUAAUAAUGCCAUAAUGGAACGAGACAAUGCUAUUGCUACUCUUCAAUAUCGUGAAAACGCCAUGAAUAGUGGCAAUGUGUCACAAUGUCCAUCCGGAUGCCAAAUUUCACGUGGGAUGAAACACAUACCCCAUCUUCAGCAGCACAUACACACUCAGUCCCACUCCCACAUGGGUGAAGCUCCAUAUGAUACCGGGGAUACACACAUAAAUGAUACCAUUCCAUUGUCCCCAAUAGCUCCCGAGCCUACAAAGUCCCAUCGUACAAAACGUACAAAUGAGGCGAAGGCAGUAACAUCUACUAGGAAGACUACAAAAUCAUCGAAGAAAGUAAAACAGGAAAGUGAGGACGUUGACAGAACAUUGUUUAGAAAGUCACAAGAAGGAAAAAGUGGACCCAAUAUUGGUGUCAGCAGUAACGAACUAAAUAGGCAACUCGGAGAGGAAAGGCCAGAAUGGAAGGGUCAGGACCUUGGACUGAACCAGGUUGCAUUUGACGAGUCGACCAUGCCCGUACCCGUCUGCUCUUGCACUGGAGUUUUGAGGCCGUGCUACAAAUGGGGUAAUGGAGGUUGGCAAUCUUCAUGUUGCACAAUGAGUUUGUCAAUGUAUCCACUGCCAGCAGUGCCUAACAAGCGACAUGCUCGAGUUGGUGGUCGGAAAAUGAGUGGAAGUGCGUUUAACAAGCUGCUCAGCCGUCUUGCUGCAGAAGGUUACGAUCUCUCAAAUCCAGUUGAUCUUAAGGACCAUUGGGCUAAGCAUGGGACAAACCGCUAUAUAACCAUUAAAUAA